AGCACAAACCGGAAAUUCAUGGUGUGCCGCUUCCGUUCUACUUGACAUUAGCUUAAAUUGAGACGAGCUGAGUGCGACAGAGAAGUUUUUCGUUUUCUGCUCCGUUGAAGUUAACGCGACAUGUAUUUUGAAUAAUGGAAAAGCGAAUGUAGCGGCAUUUUUUUUUGUAUUUGAUUGACUCGCACCAGCGCUGCUGCGUGGACCUGUGCCUGGGCAUCUUGCUGUUGUUCCUGGCCGGGCUGCAGCAGGCAGAGGCAGCCGCCGGAGCCGCUGCGGCGGAGAUGGCCAACCUGAACUGGAAGCCGUUCAUCUAUGGCGGGAUGGCCUCGAUUGUCGCAGAAUUUGGCACAUUCCCCAUCGAUCUGACAAAGACUCGGCUCCAGGUGCAGGGUCAAUCUCAGUACACGGAGGUCCGCUACAGAGGCAUGUUCCAUGCCCUGUUCAGGAUAGGCAAGGAGGAGGGCAUCCGGGCGCUCUACUCAGGGAUUUCACCUGCGCUCUUGAGACAAGCGUCUUAUGGGACCAUCAAGAUUGGAACCUACAACUCCCUGAAGAGGCUUUUUGUCAGUCACCCAGAAGAGGAGACCAUGGUCAUCAACGUUUUCUGUGGAGUCGUCGCCGGUGUUUUUUCCUCCUCCUUGGCUAAUCCCACGGACGUCCUCAAGAUCAGAAUGCAGGCACAGGGCAGUCUCCUCCAAGGCAGCAUGAUGUCCAACUUCAUCAAUAUCUACCAGACAGAGGGCACCAAAGGCCUCUGGAGAGGCGUCAUCCCCACGGCCCAGCGAGCCGCCAUCGUUGUCGGCGUUGAACUUCCCGUGUAUGACAUCACCAAGAAGCACCUCCUUCGAUCCGGCGUGAUGGGCGACACCAUUUUGACCCAUUUCAUUUCAAGUUUCACAUGUGGCCUAGCAGGGGCGCUGGCCUCCAACCCCGUGGACGUGGUGCGCACACGCAUGAUGAACCAGCGGGUGCUGUCGGGGGCACCGAUGUACAAAGGCACCCUGGACGGCGUGAUGCAGACGUGGAGGAACGAGGGCUUCUUCGCGCUCUAUAAAGGAUUCUGGCCCAACUGGCUGCGGCUGGGACCUUGGAACAUUAUUUUCUUCAUCACCUUUGAGCAGCUGAAGAAGCUCCCGUUGUAAGCGGGAGACGCAAGUCGGGACAGCACAAAUCUGUCAGACUCUGUCGGCCACGAGGUUAAUUGGGGAGACAGAAGAAGAAGCUGCGGCGGCACUACUGAGAGAGUUGCGGCGCCAGUAUAUUUUCACACUCCUUUACCAGCAACUCCACCGCAAGAUCAGCCAACCUCACCACACCCUCACUCAUCCAACACCUCAUGUCCUUUUUCUUUGGUUUUGCUAUUUAUUUACGGGUGACUGAUUCUGUUUUCACCAGUCAUGAGCACUGAGACCAGGCAGCUACUUUUAGCAGGUGUUUAGCAGAAGAAAGAGAGAGAGAGUUAGAACCUGGUUACCGCCGCGGACCAGGUGAGUUUCAACCUUACGUUAUUCUUCAAGGACAUACGAGUUUGACAAUAGAAGUAGAUGCAUUUGCGAGGGAAGGAAAUAGUCCUUCUCCGUCCUACAAGGACUCGAUAGUAAGGUGCCAUACUGUUUGUUUGUUGGCCGGAGAUUCUUGAGGCGGACGAAGCCCGACACGGGCGUCAAUCUGAGCCAAAGCCUUUGCUGUGAUACCGAUGGGAAGAGCAGUGCGCUCUAAAGGCUUGAAAGGAGAAUGUGCCAAAGUUAGUUUUACUGAGCAUAUUACCCAUGUACAUCACUCCCAAAAUGUCUUUGACUCCUCCAGUUUCUGUGUAUCGCCCUUGCAAGUUGCUGAUGACACGAUAAGACUCUGUCAUACGUUUUUUUGGCCUGUUUUACUGCUAAUAUUUAACUUUUCUCCCCCACCUCUUUCAUGGUAAAAAGGACUCUGAAUUUCAGUGUGUGUUGCAACCUGGUGAUGGCACCAUAAACCCAGAGAUGCAGAGAGACUGGAAGAGCCACAGAUCGCCAUAGAAACGGGCAUCCUUGGCUUGGUUAAUUCAUUUGGCCAAACGGGUGACACGUUACUGAAUUGUCCUGCAUUGUUAAUGGGCACAGUUUGUCAGGGUACUUCGUUUUCCUCAAGGAGACCAAAUUUAGUGUAAUUGUAUAGAUCAGAUUUGGUUCACGAUAUGAAUGCGUCGUAAAGCAUCAAAACGGGAGGUGAAUAAAAUAUUUACGGUAUGUGGGUGUAGUUUCACAACUUUAUUGUUAUCACACUGUUAGAACGAUUUUUUGGAUUGUGGUACUUAGCUUCGAGCUAUAAACAAAAGUCGCUGUCCAGUGAAAAGCAUGUACUAUUUUCUUUUACACCAAAAACAACAACCAGGUUUUGUUUUUUCACAUAACACAACAUUCUGAAAAGGUGCUAAAAGUUGUUCAAUUCUCUAUUCUAAAAGGAAGACACUCUUUAGGGUUUUGUAAAAGUUGAGUCUCAUUUUAACGUUCAUGUUACUCAAGGAUUAAAACGAGCCUUUUUAUCCUUCUGUUAGGUUUUGGGCCAAACUGAACCAUUUUAAAGUUAAAACAGAGUUUAUAAAGAGUUAAGAUACUCCUCUUAUCCUAACUAAACUAUUCUCAAAAAUGGUAAUAAAAUGGCUGUAAGUUGACCUGUUUUAAAGGUGAGAGAAGGGAAAAAAAUAUAUAUAUAUAUUUUAUAUAUAUAUAUUUUUUUUGGGGGGGGGAUUAAAUUUAUUCUGCUUGAUUUAAGGGAGGAAAAUUAUUUGAGUUUGUGGCAUUCAACAUUAUUGCCAUAUCUGAGAAGUCGACGUAAGAAGUAGGUUAUUUUUAUUUCUUGGCAAUGGCAAUAAUAAUGUUAUGGGUCAAAUUAACCUGUUUUAAAGGGAAAAUGAAAGUCAAAAAGUAAUUUUGGGGGGGUGAAUAAUUUUGUUAAGUGUAUAUUAAUUAUUUUAGUUUCUGACACAUCUGGUCAAAUUGACCCAGAAACAUUGUCUUAGGUUGGAUUUUCAAAAACAGUCAUAAUGUUACGGGUUUAAAAGAAAGUUAAAAACAUUUUUGCAAGGGUAUGGAACUUUAUCGACUUGAUUAAUAAGCGACAUUUUAGUUUCUGAGGAAAUUUCAUAAAAACAUUUCUCCUUAGUCAAUGAUGAGGUUCAUUUUUUUAUUGUUUAAUGGCUCUGUUGUCAUUUAACAUGCUUUUCAUUGGACAAUUGCUGAACUACUUGAACACGAUACAAACAAACGCCGCGUGUCUGUUAGGACGCAUCUGUUACCAAAAGAAGAAAAAUCAUCACUUUUGAUUCAAUAAUUUACUUUUUUUUUUUUUUUUUUUACUACGCAACCAAGACUUGUGUAGCUAGUGUGCAUGUUUGUGGGGCUGCUUAUUUAACGGUUAUCGUUUAGCGCUUAUUUAUUUUCACGAGUGGGCUGAUAUUUCCUUUUUUAAGAAUUUUUGGCGUCAAACACAAUUUAAUUGAUAUUGCUUUCUUUCCCGCUCAGCUUUAUACGGUAUUUCUCUAUAUUUAAUGCUUGCAUUUGUGAGCGAUUUCAAGACCAAACGUUCAUUGCCAGUCAUUCAUUACCGACAAGUUACAUAUAAAAGAAAAUGUUUCACUUAUUGGAUUUUUUAAGUGCUCUUUUUUUCACCCAAUUGUAGCUAUUGAAAGCACCUUUUGCCUUUUUGUUGUAGUGAAUAAAAACUGAAAAAUAG